UCCUCCAUCCUCUGUCACCUAAUUAUGUUUCCCUUGUAAUAAAAUUGAUAAAGACCAAAGGGUUUUAUUUUACCAGAGGACACAGAUUAUAGAGAGACAGAAAAACAUAAUUCCUUGCUUUGGAGGAGAGAAAGGUAUGCAUAUAGAGGUUUUUUAAAAGAAAGAGAGAGGCUUGUUGAAGAAAAUGGAGAAUAGUAGUGGUGGCAGCAGCGAUUACAGUAACAGUAGGAUUGUAGUGACAAAUGAGAAAAAGCCUAUGCAAGGAAUCAAAAUAGAGAAUCCCUUUACUUUCAAAGUACUUCAAGUAUUUACUGGCUUUGGUUUUGGCUGUGGUAUUGGUAUUGGUCAAGGCAUGCCUAUAAAUAUGGGUGCAUUGCCAAUGGUGGGCCAAGUAAUGAGUGCAACUAGAGGCGCAACUGAUGCCUUUUCUGGAAUUACCAGUCAUGUAAAUACUGCACUUUGGAAGCUGGGAGCUAAGAACAUUCAAGCAGGCAUUGGAUGUGGAGUUGGGUUCGGCCAUGGCUUUGGAAUUGGUCUUGCAGUGAAACCUGGGGCAGUGCAGAAGAUGCAAGCUUGUUUUCUACAAGUAUUGAUGAAGAUGAUGACAAAACUUGGAAUAGCACCCAAUUUAUCAAUUGGUCUAGGUGCCCUUCCAAUGUCUUUGCAAAGUGGCGGGAGCAUGUUGACUGAAUCUUCAAUCCAAAACCCAUUGGGAAAUAUUACACAGUUAGCAAGAAAACUCCCAGAUCAAACAUCUCAAAGUUUGUAUGGAUAUGGAAAUGUUAGUUCACAUUCAACUUCUGAAAGUGCCACUUCAAAAGGCAGUGAUACUUCCUUUGGUAGCCGAACAGAGAAGGUGAUUAGCAGUUUUCUCCAAAAUCCUAUUCUGGAAGAAGAUGGCACUGACUUAAAUGAAUUGGCUGGACGUUUGCGGUCAGAAAACAACAUGCUUCAAAUGGUGUUGAGACACCAGCAAAUCAUUGAAGAGUUAAUGGAGGAGAAUCAAAAGCUUCGCCAGAUACUUGUGGAAGACCUAAAAAUACCACCCAACAAGCUCCAGGCCAGUCACUCAACUAUAAAUAAAUCUCCAUGCACUGAUUGUUUUGAGUGCCGAAGAAGACAGAGGAAAAAGUAGAUAAAGAUGACUAAAUUUCUCAUAUUCUUGAUCGUUAAGAUCUCGAAGAAUGCCCCUUUUGAGCUAUUUGGAUGUUUUGCCCCAGAUUCAAAUGCAAUUUUGAAGGACCAUUCUCAGGAGGCAUCAAUUCUAUACAAAGAUGGGAUAUGAGAUUAUAUAGGUAGAUGCAGGUAUUGUUGCAAAUAAUUGAUUAAAGUUCAUCUAUCCAAAGGCUUGAAGAGUUUCUGAGCCAGAAGGUAAUCUAACCAUUCAUUGACCUACAUUUACUUUUUCAACUCUCUACAUAUAUUCGUUAAGCUUCAACCUUUUUAAAAACGAUUCGUUUUUGGUCAAGGGACCGAAAUUUUCAUUUUUAAUAAUGCGUGUCUUUGCUGUUAAAUCUAACUUGUAUGACUUUUGGUUUUGGUCUAUAUCUGCACCUAGAGACCUUGUUGUUUUGAUUACUGCAAGUGGUAGGGCACGUUUUGCAUCUUUUUCCCUGAACAAAUGAAUGCUAUGAAUAUACCAAAAAACUAGAAAAAGGGAAAAAGCAAGAAGAAUAAAUAUCUCUAAGCUUUUGGCUGCGAAACAGUUUUACAGGCUGUAAUUGGGAGUCAGUAACUAUAGGACAGCAAAAGCAGGUGCAGCUGCCAAACCGGAUUGAAAAUAUCUAACCCAACUCAUUUUAAGAAACAUGCCAAGACCAAGAAAGAGUUAAUUGAGGUUAAAAAAAAAUUCUAACCAGGUUAUUUUGCAAUUGGAAAUGCUCUGUAUAGUUGGUGGCGUGCUGAUUAAUGACAGAAAAAGAUGGUGAUGAGGUAUAUUCAGGUCAUUAUACUAAAAUGGAUUCUGUGACCUGGACAUGCCAUGUUAGCACGAGUUGCGACAUGUUUCGGUGUUUGUAUUUCUACAAACUAGCCCGGGAACAUCUUCAUUCACCACGUCUAAAUGUAGGGUUAAGUUGUGCAGGACAAAAAUGAUAGCUGCAAUAGAGAACUUUUCUUUUUCUAGUGUUUGCAGUAAAAAGAUUUAGUGUUCAUUUACUAGUCUCAAGAAAAUGACAUGAAAAUGGCGUUGUUUUGUGUGGUGAAGUAAGAUGAAGUAUCAUAGGCCUCAGUGUGUGGACUCAGAACUUAACUGUCAAUAGUUACUAGCCAGUUGACCUGAAUCAGUUAAGUUUGUGGGUUUUGACUUUUAGGUAGAGUUUUCUCAAAGAAUGCAUGCUUUGGCAUCAUACCUUUGGUGGAUAAAAAGGUGAAGAAAGGCCUUUAUGACGCUUACAUAAGUAGUCCUUUGAAGUGGAAUCCAAGGCUUUUUUUGUGAUUUUUUUAUGUGAAACAGUGCCUUCUGAGUAUGUGGCAUGAGAUUCCAGUUUCUCCUUACAAACUGAAUUUGUUCUCUGUUCCCUACAUAUAUAUAUAGUGGAACGAAUAAUAAUAGCAUCAGAGGUCACUAUGUAGAAGUGGUAAUGAAGUUCUGAAUCGUGACUAAUUACUCCAUUUGUUUGUCAAAUUUAUCAAACAACGUGAUUAGUUAGUGUUGUAUCUACUUUCAUUAAGUGAGAGGAAGGAUCGUGGGUGUCUUUGAGAUGGGAACAGCAUGAUACAAAAGGAAUAUUGAAACACAGGGAGUGAAGUGAAUGGUGGUGCCUUGAUCUAGUAAUAUGCCCUGCUGUGUUCUGGGACGGUUUUGAUUGGUGCCGCAGUUUAAUGACAUAGUUUGGUGUUAUUCGAUUUCAGUGUGUGUAUAAUAAUCUCGCAAGCAUUCUGAUUUGUAUCAAGACUAGUUUUUGAGGUUCAGAAUGUUCAAGCACUGAAAAAUGUCCCCUCCCCCCCCCUCUCCACACAUCUUUAUCUUUGUGGAAGCGGUGGCUAACACAACAUGUGAAGGUCACUUUCUUACACGUUCAUUUGUUUCACAGCCCCACCACGCCAGCCAUCCUCGUCUAAUGCUUCCAUCACUAUUCCAAUAGCCCAUACUUGAAAGAAAAGUCUGUAGGAUAUCUCCCCAUUUCCAAAAGCUCUUCACGUCCACAUAAAUUCUACCUCAACAGCUAGCACCUUAACCUUUUCCUCUCCACUCCUUCCCCACCACCUCCAGCCACACUUGUUCUUCGCUAGCAUCCAUCCACUCGCAUCAAGCACCCACCUAACUUUUUCUACUUUACCGUCAGUUGUAAAGCAAGUUUAGUGUCAUAAUCAGGCUCGGUUGACAAGUAAAAUAGGAUUAAAAUUUAUGCUAUAAAUGAUCACUUAACAAUGGCUCUCCACUGCUUUACAUUGAUCAGAAGAGUAUCUUUUCUUGCUUGCUAGAGUAACUACACAUGAAUUCUGGCUUUCAGAAUCAAACCAAUCUCCUUUAUAGUUCAGAUAUCAAGAAGUUUGAAGUCUUGCAAGUAAAAUAUCAAUGCCAAGCAUGAGAGGAAACGGGCAAGCAUAAUACGAAGACGAUCAAGAAUAAGAUCUUUAUUCAGCUGAAGCCAAAAUGCUUCUACACAAGAGCUGCAGCACAAUUAAUUAAAUAUCUAAAACAUUCAAAAACAAAUGCAGCUCAUCGAAGAAUCAUC